AAAAAAAUAAACAGGAUAAAUUAGGUAUAAAAUUUAAAAUUUCACGGUGCUGCUGUGAAAAAGUUGGACGCGAGAAUAUGCAACAUUCGCCCAAACUGCAUAUUGCCACAAGACACAAGUAACAUUCUGAAAUCCUAGAAAAACGUUUCCAAAAAUUUUGAACUUUGGGCUGUCCUUUUAUGUUGAGUCUUCUACCUACCUACAUUCGAUAAAAGUUACAAAUUGAACUGAUCGUUGAUAAAUUGAACAGCAGUGCAUUAUACAUCGCAACGUUUUUAUAUGAUGGGCAAAAAAUUUUAUUAUUUUGCAUUUGGCAGUAACCUUUUGAGACAAAGAAUGGAACUGAACAAAUAUUCUUACUUGAAAUUCAGCACGAUCGCCAAGUUGAACGACUUCAAGUUAGAUUUUGGAUGGAACUCGAAGACGUGGAAUGGAGCAGUAGCUACAAUUAUUCCCUGUUGCGGUAGCCACGUCUGGGGUGUCGUCUGGACGAUGGACGUUGAUGAUAUCAACAUUUUAAACGAACAGGAGGGUGUCUCGAGUGGCGUCUAUGAGCCAUUUUCAGUUGACGUUGCAACGCCAAACGACGAGAUUAUUCAAUGUAGGAGCUACAGGCUUUUGAAGGAGAAAUUGGAAAGUGAUAAACCCUCAAAAUCCUACCUCGAUGUUAUCAUAAAAGGAGCCUUGCAGCACAAUCUACCUCGGGAUUACGUUCAGUGGUUGAAACAUCGAGAAAGUAAUGGUCUUCAGGCCUCCAAAUCUGCAAUGGAGAAAUUUGCCUGUUUAUUUGAAAAUUGAGAAACAUGUUUUAUUAAGUCUAUUACUAAGUCUUCCGUUAAAUCUAGUUAUUACUUCUGCUAUGUUUGUUGAAAUAUUUAAAAGGAUUGUACUUUUUGCUUAUAUUUAAUCAUUUAUUACUUAUUUAAGAAUAUUUUUCAACAAUUUAUUACCUCUGUGAUGUUCAUUGAAACAUUUGAAGGGGUUUAACUUUAUGACGUAGGUAUAUUUAAUAAAUUAUCACUUUUUUAAGAUAUUUUUCAAUAAUUUUCAUGCAAAGUCAUCAACUUCGUUCAAUAAAUUCACAAAUUGU